AUGGGCAGAAGAUUUGCCUAUCAUAAAAUGAAUCCCAUUUUAGAAAAUCAGCAUAAUUUUUGCCUGCAGUCAAACUUUGAAAAGUAUACUCAUCAUAACAUAAAAAUGUCUUUUGAACAUCAAUUUCCAAUGUUUCCCAAAAGCCUAAUCCUGAUAACACAGGCCAAUUACGGACGAAUGAAGGAUGGCCGAUGCAUCGGAGGUCAGCUGAACACGGGCUGUUCCAUGGGAGUGACCACCUACCUCGACAGCCAAUGUUCAGGCAAAGACAUAUGUGAUAUGAGUGUGAGGAACCUGGUUGACAUUCAUCCAUGCCAGCGCGAUUUCAUGUCCUACCUGGAAGCCUCCUACAUUUGCAUCACCGUCGUCGUGUCGUGUGUCGCGCGUCCUCUGCAGACUAUUCCUUCUCAUGUCAUUCGAACUGGUGUCUUUGUUGCUGAAGUUAUCACAGGAGCUGUGAAAAGAAUAAUGACGUUGGAUGUAAAGAAAAAUCCAAGCGACCGACAACUGCACGUCAACAAACACAACAACAACUACACGAGCGUAAAUAACAACAACACGGAAAUAACGACAACGAUAUGGAAAAACAACAUUGUAGAGUGA